CCAUUCAUUUAGUUCAAGUAAUCCUUUUUGGAUUAUUAUUGUAAAUUGUGAAACUGCAAAAAAUAGCUUUUGGAAGGUUAAAGAAAAUUUAAACUUAAUUUUACUUGAGUUUGCUUUACCACCAAGUGAUUUGACAAGACGAGACGACAUUUUUCUGUCAUUAUAUACACAAGUUUAAAUAUGGAAUUCUACAAUUUUAUAUUUUUCGCGUACCUUUUCACCGAGGUUUCGCGUUCGUUUUGGUGUCGCGCGCUAACAUUAAUAUUUAGCAUGUUCGAAACAUCUCUAACACUAGUUUGAAACUAUUUUUAAACCGCUACGCUUUGUGGUAUGUGACGUAACCCCCCAAACGACUCGUGAAUUUUUCAAAUUCGCGUAUUACGAAAAUUCCGCGAUUAGUUACCUCGAAAUUAUUGUUGCAAAUGGCAUCCACGCAGGUGCAAAUCCAAGAGGUCAGUUAAUUAAAAAAAAAAAAGGGUGGCGGAUACUUGAAGCGAGCGAACCCGUCGAAUCUCCAGGAUAUUUUCAACAGAUACGCUUCCAUCGAAAAAAAUGGCGAGAAGUUUAUGACCGCCGAGGACUUUGUUAUCAAAUAUUUGAAACUACUAGAUGACAAGGAUUAUAAUGCCGAUACAGUACGAUUAUUGGCUGGCAUCGUCGACACCAGCAAAGACGGCCUUAUUUCGUAUCCAGAGUUCCAAGCGUUCGAGGGGUUGCUUUGCUUCCCCGACGCCUUGUAUAAGACUGCCUUCCAGCUCUUUGACACAAACGGAAAUGGAAUGGUUAGCUUUCAGGAGUUCGCUGAGGUGAUGAAGAAAACCGAACUGCACAAGCGGAUCCCAUUUAACAUGAACUCCCCAUUUGUGGAACUGUAUUUCGGCAGAAACAAACAGCGUUUAGUAACAUACAACGAAUUCAGUCAGUUUCUUCAUGAUUUUCAUGAAGAGUAUGCCAUUGAAGGUUUUAGAAAGGCCGACAAAGACGGCACCGGUUUUAUUUCUGCCUUGGAUUUUCAGGAUAUCAUGACUAACAUCAAGAGUCAUCUGCUUACGAAGCAAGUGCAGUCGCACCUGAUCGAGGCAGUUCAAGGAUCACAAAGCCAGAGCCGCCGCGUUAGCUUUGCUUACUUCAUAGCGUUUAACUCGCUCUUAAACAACAUGGAGUUGGUAAAACGGAUCUACCUCAACGUGACCAACGGUCAUCGCUCGCAAGAAGUCAGCAAAGAUGAAUUCAUGCAUUCCGCGCAGGCCAUGUCACAAAUGACACCACUGGAAGUCGAUAUCUUGUUCCACUUGAUCGAUGUACUACACCAGAAAGGGUUUUUGUACCAGGAAGAUAACACCGUAUGGGAUGGGAGAAUUAUUUAUAAUGACUUAUACGCCAUUGCCCCAGAACAGUAUUUUAAACAAAUUACUAAUCGAUUAGCCGAGAUCCACGCUGUGUCUAGUCCAGAAGAAAGAGGCAUCAUGAUACAAGUGCUUGAAAGCACAUAUCGCUUUACAUUAGGUUCUAUUGCUGGAGCUGUUGGCGCGACUGCUGUUUACCCCAUUGAUCUAGUAAAAACUCGUAUGCAAAAUCAAAGAACGGGUUCAUUCAUUGGUGAACUGAUGUACCGAAAUAGUUUCGAUUGUUUUAAAAAAGUUAUUAGACAUGAGGGUGUGUUUGGACUUUACAGGGGGUUGGUACCCCAACUGAUGGGAGUUGCUCCCGAAAAGGCUAUAAAAUUAACAGUAAACGAUUUUGUACGAGACAAGUUUACCGAUAAGAACGGAAAUAUAUCAUUAUAUGGUGAAGUUAUAUCGGGUGGAUGUGCAGGUGCAUCGCAAGUAGUGUUCACCAAUCCAUUGGAAAUAGUAAAAAUCAGAUUGCAAGUCGCUGGCGAGAUUGCCAGUGGGGCCAAAGUACGAGCGUGGGCGGUCGUGAAAGAACUUGGUUUAUUUGGAUUAUACAAAGGGGCAAGAGCGUGUCUGCUUCGAGAUGUGCCAUUCAGCGCGAUCUACUUUCCAGCAUACGCUCACACCAAAGCAAAAUUGGCAGAUGAAAGUGGAUACAAUCAUCCCCUUUCGUUAUUGGUAGCGGGUGCUAUUGCAGGUAUACCCGCAGCUUCCCUAGUAACUCCUGCCGACGUAAUCAAAACAAGGUUGCAAGUGGUUGCCCGAGCUGGUCAAACCACGUAUACAGGGGUUUUAGACGCAACAAGAAAAAUAUACGCCGAAGAAGGAUUCCGCGCUUUUUGGAAAGGAGCAGUGGCUCGUGUGUUCAGAUCAUCACCUCAGUUCGGCGUCACACUAUUAACUUAUGAAGUUCUACAAAGAGUCCUGUAUGUUGACUUUGGUGGAAGCCGUCCGUCUGGAUCUGAAUUCAAAGUAGCAUCUAUAGCAGGAAGCAAAGCACCGCCAAAUCCGGAUCAAAUAGGCGGUUAUUCCGUAUCGGUACCAAUAUUCUCAGGGAUUGAAUCGAAAUUUGGGUUGUGUCUACCAAAAUUUAGCAUACCGCAAAGAGCAUAAGCAAAAAUUUAUUUUAGUCAAGAUAAAUUUAGGGCCUGAAAGUCAUUUGAAAAAUUGUGUGUUCUACCGUUUAAUUAUUAAAGAACCGUGUUACUACAUUCAAUUUAAGGUUAUGUAAAAAUAUUUAGAGAACUAAAGUUUGAAGAUCUACUUGGGACUCGGGUUCUCACAUUCAGGAGAUUUAUCAACCGAUUUAAUGACAAACAUUUAUUUAAUUUAUUUUUACACAUAAUUAUAAAAUUUUGUACACAUAAUUUACAUAAUUUUUUCCAGCAACUCCACUCUGUAAAAGUUUUAUUGACACUGUUUCUUUAGUAAUUGAAUUGUUGGGAUCAGAGAUUUAUUGUAUAUAACAUAUUCUGUAUAUGUACACUGUUUAGGAUUAUAGAUGGAAAAGUAUGGUGGUUUCAGUAAUAGGCCGGGAAAAUAUGUAACAAUUUGUUUUUACAGGUGCUGUGAUAUAUUCCAAUUCUUUUUCUUUGACAGCUUUCGACAUUUACCCAUUUUUUGUGAUACCUUUUUCCUUGUUGAGCAUCAACUGAUAUUUUAUUGCCAAGUGAUAUUGUGGCACCCCACUGUACAAAAUCUGCACUGUUAAAUCAUGUUGUAUCUAAUAAAAUACACUUCCAAUUGGGUAUAUUAUUGAAAAAUCCAACAUACAAUUACAUUUUAAGCAAGCAUUUGCAGCUUGCAUGUAGAUAUGUUCUGGUUUCACUCUAUAUCAGAAUCAUUACAAUCCAACAUUCCACUUCCAUUCUAUUCCAUUUUUCAAAAAAUUACUAAUUAGUUUAGAUCUCUAAACAAUAUACAUUCAUCAUAUAAAACAAUCUAAGAAAACACUAUAUUAAUAUUAAAAAACUAAUCCAAAAUCUACAUCACUUCAUUUUGGUCAAAUCAUAUAAUAUAAUCACUAAACCACUAACAGUCAAAUUCACAUAUCCCAGUAUCCUUAAGUUUUAAGAACAUUUCAA